AUGGCAGGAAAGAGUACAUUGUUUCACCUCGGGGAGUUUCGCUACAAUGAGUCGCAUCCGGACGCGCCCCGCGCUAACCUAGCUUUAGCUUUAAAUGGCCGGCAUCGAUGGCACGACGCGAAGUUCAACGUUAGCAUACAAAGGACCGGGGCGAGGCUACGGCUUUUACGGGCCGAAUUCGGCUUUAAUCUACGGGGCGCGCGUGUGCGUGAGUGCGCGCGCGCACGGCGCACGCGUUACUCACGCACACUGGCGCGCGCGCCCUCCUCGGCGCUGCAAUUCGUCGGCCCCGCGGCCCCCGCACGCAAUUGCACUGCACUGGGCCGCGCCGCGUGCGUAAAAAGCGCACGCAGGGCGCGGGGCGCGGCGCGCAGAGCACCGCGAGCGCUCGCCCGCAAGCCCCAGCGGCCGGCAGUCACCGCCAGACGCCCGCGAGAGUACGCCGCCCCCACAGGGCCCGCGCAGCAGGCCACUCGCGAAACACCCCCGAUCGCGUACGAAACACUCGUGCAGUGCCAAUGCGAAAUAACUCGACAGUUUCCCGCGCAACGGCCGCCCCGCCUUUUUGGAUCGUUUGCUAAUUUUUUCCUAAAAAAGAGGAGGGACGGCGACGAAGCCGUUUUCAUCGGUCCCCCAUGUUCGAUUUACCUGCCGAAUAAAAGG